UUCAACUGUUUACCGUACUGAAAGACACUGCAUAAAUCUAUUCGAGGCCCAGCGCCAAAUCUAGCGUUUAGCUGAACCCACAGGCUGACAUUGACAACGCAUAAGAUUCAUUUAUUGUGCAUUUCUUCCUUUACCAUGCAAGUAAAUAUUUGUGAUUAACUGAAGAUCACUUUCCAUUGAGACCACUUAUUUUUAACACCAUCUUCGACCUUUGCUUACAAUUAACAAGCUUCAGACUGUAAAUAAAAAUAAAGAAUAACAAUUUGAUUUGCCGAAUUAUUUCAGAGAGCUGGGGUUUGUAUUCUCACCCAUGUCAUUGGUCCACUGGAUCAUGUGACAGUAAAUUCAUCCUCAUUUCAACCUUGUCCAUGUGAGUUCAAUAGUCUCUUUCUUUAAUAAAUGUUAUAGCUCCUAAACCGUUUUAUAAUAUAUUUUUAUAUACAAUUUUAAAUAUACUUCCUAUAAUAUUUUGUAAGAAAAUUCUUAAAACGCCUAAGUAAGCAAAAAUGAACCGGUUUGACAGAGAGGUUGGAUUUAUCAACAGCGAGCCGUCCUUAGCGGAGUGCCUUACAUCCUUUCCUCCUCUUGGUGAGACAUUUCAAAGUUCAUCAAUCAAAAACUCGUCGCUUUCAGAUUCGACACUGAUUCCUCCUCCCUUUGAACACGGCAUUCUGAACUCUGGAAACACAUUUCAAAUCGAGAGAACGCAAACUUCGCAAGAUAUUGACCGAACAGUUUUAGGGAGCAAGCCUUUGGAAUACCCAUGGAUGAAAGAGAAGAAAACACAUAAAAAGAAAAAGCAUGCUCCUCCAGCCACACUCUCCUCUGGAUCUUCCAAUGAAGAUAACGAAGAAUUUCAGGAAAACUACAUCGGUGACCUAUUUGACAACUCGAGAAGACUGCGCACAACCUAUACUAAUACCCAGCUUUUGGAAUUAGAAAAGGAAUUCCAUUAUAACAGGUACCUUUGCAGACCAAGAAGAGUAGAAAUCGCAGCUCUUUUAGAUUUGACUGAAAGACAAGUUAAAGUUUGGUUCCAAAACAGACGUAUGAAACUUAAAAGGCAAUCUCGGUUUAAAGCAGGGAAGACACCUCUAUGUAAAGGGAAUAGAGAAAGCAAGUAUGUUAAUAACGCCUUUGUUACUGGAGACUCACAAGCAAUGAUGGACCUGGGCGCUUUAAAGACUCUAGCGUCUGAAAAUACAGAAACAGAUGCAUCAAACCCUUACCAUGAAAAUACACUGAAAGAACCACUUCCCAUUCAGGAAAACACAAACCAUGACGACUUCCAUAAUACCAAUGAAACUAACUGUUCGCUGACUAAUCCAAGGACUUUCUCAUCUGCCACGGAUAGUUCUGAAAGUUAUAACAUGCCAACAUUAGAGGAUUUAGAUACUAUUUCAAUCGAUCCUUUUACAACAGAUAUGCCUAGGCUGUCAAUAUAUGACAAUGACACAACGGACAUUCCUUCUGACACCUUUAACUUUUUGGUUGAAAAUAUUUGCACAACAGACUUCCAACAGCUGCCAUUUUAAUGUUUAUUUCAAUGUACGUCAAUGUGUUCCAGAAUAAAUAUGACAAGAUGCAUCACCGUUUUUUUGUUCUCUUUAUUAGACAAAGCAACAGCAAGCUCCUUUUCAGACAGACAGAAACAACACUUUAAAUUAAAUACAUAUGCGAAAUAAUACAUAUAACUAUAUGUUUAUGCCCAUAUAUCUGUAAAUUAUCAAUAACAAAGCCCUCAUACAAUACUGAUACUAAAACACCCCAAAUGUCAUUGUAUCGAUUUUAUUCAUUUGUAUUCAAGGAAAUACAUACAAUUGUAUACAUACACACUCUCCAUUUUAUAUUAUUGACAAUGGUUCUUAAUUGUGCAUAUCAUAUUAAGAAAGCAAUUAUUUCAUCUGUAUUGCGCAAUAUUUUUAAGGCGUUGGUAUAAAUAUGAAAAAAAUAGUUAAAACGAAAUUUAAAAAAAAAACAUGCUUACUCUUUAUUAGCAUGCUUAAAUUAAAAGUAUACAUUUAACAAUGCAAAGUCAGGCCUUAAAUAUAUUUAAAACAACAUUGUAUUCAUUAUCAUUAUUCUGUUUGAAUUAAGUGCCUUAUAUUUAACAUCGACAAACAUGACGCCUUAGUUAUUGAAUCUUCUUUAUAAAUUCAAAGAGACUUGAACACUUUGCUAUCUCGUUGCAUCUUUUGACUAGACCUAUUUGAUUCCUAUAAAAGUCGUUCUUCGAAAGUUGUAAAUAUAUUUGUGUUAUGUGUUAUAUUGCUAGUAAGAUGUGUUCAUUUUUUCAGCAUUUCACUUGCCAAAUAUAGUCCAGCUAAAAGCACACGGAUA